CCUCCCUGUGCCCUGCGUGGAGCUGUUUCAUGGGCUCUUAGGAGGUUACGGGGCUGGAAGGGAUCUUAAGGAUCAGCCAGCUCCAAUCGCCCCCUGCCGCGGGCGGGGACGCCUCCCGUGAGACCGGGUUGCUCAGGGCUUUAUCCGACCUGGCAUCCACAGCUCCCUGGGCAAUCUGUUCAGUGUCUCGCCACCCUCACAGUAAAGGAUUUCUUCCUGAUAUCGCACCUGAAUUUCCCCUUUUUCAGUUUGUACCCAUGACCCCUUGUUCUGUCGCUGCAGUUCUGAUGGAUAGGCCCUCUCCAGCUCCCCUGCAGGUGCUGGAGGGUGCUCUGAACUCCACACACCUUCUCCAAUUUUCUCAGCCUGUCUUUGUAGGGGAGGUGUAGGAGGUCCUUUUAUCAACUUUGUGGCCUCCUCUGGACCUGCUCUGACAGCCCCGCGUCCUUGUGGUGCUGGGACACAGAGCUGUGCCCAGGGCUCGGAGGGGAAAAACCUGACAUUCCUGAAAAUGGCAGCUGAGACAUCCACAGAAGUUGCAAAAACAGCUAAACAAUUCGUCCUUAAGGAAGAGGUAAUUGUAGAAAGACAAUGGUUGAAGCUUGCAGAAACAACUUACACUGAUCCCUUUGGGAAAACCAGAACUUGGGAAACUGUAAAGCGUACUGGCAACAAAAAGGGAGUUACAGCUGAUGGUGUAGCAGUGAUAGCAGUGCUGCAGAGAACCCUGCACUAUGACUGCAUUGUCCUGGUGAAACAGUUCAGGCCCCCAAUCAAUGGCUACUGCUUGGAAUUUCCUGCAGGCCUCAUUGAGGAAAACGAGUCAGCAGAAAGUGCUGCGCUUCGAGAGCUGAAGGAAGAAACUGGCUACAAGGGGGAAGUCAUUGAAUGUACUCCAGCUCUGUGCUUGGACCCAGGAAUGUCAAACAGCACAACACACAUCGUGAGCGUCAUCAUUAAUGGAGAUGAGGCUGAGAACACAAGACCUAAGCAAAACCUUGAUGAUGGAGAAUUUGUGGAAGUUGUUUCACUUCCAAAGAAUGACCUUCUGCAAAGGAUUGAUGAACUGGUAGCAGAAGAGCACCUGGCAGUAGAUGCCAGGGUUUAUACUUACGCGUUGGCUCUGAAGCGCGCAGCAGAAAAACCGCUCCAAGUUCCUUUUAUGAAGUUCUAG